AACGGCGAGCUACCGGCGCCCGGGGCUGGUGGCCGCCGCGCCGCGCCUUGCCCGCGCACGGCUCGCCGGUGCCGGCGGCAGCGCCCGGCCCGGCCCAUCCCGCCCCGUCCUGUCGCGCCAUGUCGCUGAGCCCCAAGCACACGACGCCUUUCUCGGUCACCGACAUCCUCAGCCCGAUGGAGGAGAGCUACAAGAAGUUCGGCGGCAUGGACGGGGCGGGCGGGCUGGGCGCGCCCCUCGGGCCCUACCGCCAGCCGCCGGUGCCCGGCGCGGCCGCCGUACCGCAGCACGUCGUGGCGGGGCCCACCGGUGCGGCCGCCUACCACAUGCCCCACGGCGUCUCCCAGUUCCCGCACGGAGCCGUCGGGGGCUACUGCAACGGCGGGCUGGGCAACAUGGGCGAGCUGCCCGCCUACCCCGAGGGGAUGCGGAGCGGCGCGGCGGCGGGCGGCGGCUGGUACGGGGCCGGCGGCGACCCCCGCUACUCCAGCAUCUCCAGGUUCAUGGGCCCGUCGGCGGGGAUGAACGUGGCCGGGAUGGGCGGCCUGAGCGGCAUCGCCGAGGGCGCCAAGGCCAUCGUGCCGCUCCACGCGGCCCCGCGGAGGAAGAGGAGGGUGCUCUUCUCCCAGGCGCAGGUCUACGAGCUGGAGCGGCGCUUCAAGCAGCAGAAGUACCUGUCGGCGCCGGAACGGGAGCACCUGGCCAGCCUGAUCCACCUCACCCCCACCCAGGUGAAGAUCUGGUUCCAGAACCACCGCUACAAGAUGAAGCGCCAGGCCAAGGACAAGGCGGCCGCCCAGCAGCUGCACCCCGACGGCGGCCUCUGCCAGCAGCACUCGCCGCGUCGCGUCGCCGUGCCCGUGCUGGUGAAGGACGGCAAACCCUGCCCGCCGCCGGGCAGCGGCACCCCGGGCCCCGGCCAGCCCGCCCCCCCGCCCCCGGCCACCUCCGCCGGGGCGCUCCCCGCUGCCGCCCCCGCCGCCCACCCGCACCCCGGCUCACUGGGGCAGGCGGCCGACCUGGAGGAGCUCUCGCCCAGCCCGCCGGCGCUGCACGGCCAGGUGCCCGCCCUGGCCCCCAUGGACUCGGCUGGCGUCGACUACAACGGCGGCAUGGUCAGCCCCAACCUGCUCUACGGCAGGACGUGGUAAUCCGUGUGUCCGUCCCCCGCCCCGCCCCGCGGUCGCUCCGGGCCCCGACGGCCGCCCCGGCCCGGUGAGGCGCCUGCGGGAGCCCCGACAGCCGCCCGUGGGCCCCCGUUUUGUGCGCGCCCCCUCCGCUCUCGCUUCAUCUUUUUUUUAGACUUUCCGGGGUUUUGAAGGGUUGGCCUGGAAGGCAGAGCCGCAGCGGGGCGGGCGGAGGCCGGGCGUGCGCGCAGGGCCGCGGGCUCUGUCCGUGUGUGUGCGUGUGUCCGUGUGUGUGUGCGGCGUGUUCGUGGCUCCGUAUCCCGUCCGCCUUCGUGCGGGGGUGCGCGGCCGGCGGGGGCCCGCCCGGGAGAACCGCCCCGACGGGACGCCGGGCGGCCGGGGGACCUGGGGUCGGCCGGCGGAGCGGGGGCUCCGGUCCCGGCCCGGGCCCGCUCUCCCGCGGCCGGACACCGGCAGCCAAAGCCGCAGGCAGCCGGGAGCCCGCGCCGGUCCGCGUAUACCUUACAGACCCAUUGAAGGCGAACAAUAAAUCUUCUGAAGUGCAACUUAUCUCAGCAGAAUUAAUUUUAUAAGGGUGCCCCUGAAGUGCAAUUUCAUUAUUAUUUGAUUGAAGGUAAAUUGAAUUGUAACUCAAGGUCGAGGAGGCAGCGAGCGGGGCGAGCGGCGGGCAGGCGCUGCCUUUUGGAGGACGGGGAGCGGCUGGAGCACGGAAAUAAAACGAAUCCAAAGCCGGCGGCGGCGGAGCGUGUUUUGGCAGAAGAGCUCUCGAACGCUGGUGCUCAGAUUUAAGGGGGAAAAACCGUUUUUCUCGUUAUUAUUAGCUAUUGCUCAGUAAACGAAUGUACGCGCGAAGACAGCGCCGCAAACGCGGCACCUGCUGAGCGUCCGACGGACGGCGGAGAGCGGGAGCCGCCGGGACAGCGGGAAUCGGGCCCCGCAGCGGCCGGGGCCGCAGGAGGAGCGGCGGGAGCGCUGGGCCGGGCCGGGCCCGCGGGGUUUGGCCCCUCGCCUCUUCCCCGAGGAAAUGCGGCACACCGGGAAAAGCAUCUCGGAAGUUUCCGCCUUUUUUUUUCUACAAUAAAAGGAAACGGUGUUCUCUAGCGUUGGCUGCUUCGUUCUCGGUGCACGUACGGAUGCGGCUUGACCGUCCCUGGACAACCCCUAAAGCCCCAUUUUUCCGCCUCCCCCUCAGACGCCAAAGGGAUUUGGUUCCGCGGCCCCCGCCUCUGCUCCGCUCCGCUGCUCCCCAGCCCCUCCGGGGGCUCCGCGCCGUGAAGGAGCGAUUCUGGGUCGGAAAAAACGCAUUUCUGCUGCUGGGAGCCCAAGACCGUGGCGGGGCCGGGAGGGGACGGGGGAUCCCUGCCGGCGGCUCCCGGGUGGGGAGCAGCGGGACCCCCGUCCCCUCCCGGCGCUGCGCUCCGUUCCCGCUCCCCGAGGCCGGGCGAUGCGCAAGGACCCGGCGGCUCCGCUCCCUCCCCCGGCCGCGCUCGCACGGAGCGUUUCUCCCCGGCUCACAGCAGGGUCUGAGCCCGGUGCGGGGACCGAACCCCCCUCCAGCCCUGGUAACGCCCGGUGGGACGCUUCAGCUUGGCAAAUACAUAGAUCGAGACAGGUAGAGCAGUUUCAGGAAGGCCACGGGGUUCCUGUACCCGAGGGCCAUCCCCACGUCCCCCGGUUCUGCUGGGACGCAGCAGGGCCACCCAACAAACGAACAGGCGGCCAGGGGGCUGCUCCAGGCCCUGCGCCCCUUCCCUGCACCCCAGCACAGGAACUGUGGCCCCACUGCCAGGGUCCCGGUGCCCCGCAGCCCCCUGGGCCCAGCGCAGGCUCCGCUGGGGAGCACCGGCUGCUCCGAGACCCUCAGACAAGGGGGAACCCGCGGGGACCAGCCCUUCCCAAAGCAGCCCCCGGAACGUCCAUCCAGCCCCAUUUUGGUGCCCUCCACCCCCAAAGGCACGGAGCGAGGGACAAAAGCCCAUGAGGACCAGCCGCCCCGCUCGCCCCACUCCUUCCUCCGGCCUCGCACUCAACCGCUGCAUUUGCAUGAAAAUUCACCUUGGCUGCUGGUUUUGUUCUGCUCGAAAAGCAAAAUUACUUUUUUGAGACCCAAAUAUUCUCCCGGCGGAGGGAACAGGCCAUUGGUCCCCCAGCGCCGGGCAGGAUGGCGACCCUUUG